AGUUUUGUUUCAUUUUCAUUUUCUAACGGAUGUAAAAUCUGUAAAUAUUAUUGCGCACGCGCAAUCCAAUUUUAGCAACAAUGGCAGAAGGCGAAAGAGAUCAAGUGCUGGCUGAGUUUCAGGCUUUUACAGCUCUGGAAGACAUUGACACUUGUAUUCAAAUUUUAGAGUCUAAUGACUGGAAUUUAAUGAGAGCAGUUAACAGUGUAAUGCCUGGAUCUGAUGGAGGAAUAUCACCAAUGGCUGGAGAUCCUCCUGUGUCACAAUUUGAGGAUGUCAGUCCACCUCCCUAUUCAGCAUCUUCACCAGAUAAUGACAACAAUGUGGCAGAUACCAGAAACUUCUUUGAUGCCAGCUCAGCAUCAGAAUGUUAUGUGGCAGUCCCAUCCACAAGUAAUUCUUCUCCCAAGCGAAGGCAUGCAGGAGGUGGUCCCAGACCACGAAUCUUGAACUUUAAAGUGGAAUACAGAGACCAAAACUUUUACUUCAGUGUCGGAGAUAAUGAACAAAUUGGCAAAGUUAAAGAACUUCUGUCUCAGAAAAUCGGGGUGCCUCCUGAUAAGCAAAGCUUGAGAGGUUGGAGCACAAGGAAGGCUAGAGUGGAAGAUGAUAAAAUUCUAAGAGAACUUCAUCUUCCUAAAGAGAAUACAUUGUUCCUGUUAACCCCAGACAUCCAAAAUCCCACACUUGUCAAACCAACAUGCGAAAUUGAGAUGGAGAAUUUAACAGAAGCUCUAAAUAGAACAUACGCCUUGGAAAUUAAAUUCACAGAAAAUGGUGCAAUUCAGCAGUACAAAUUAAAUAUGCCUGGAAGUAAAACUAUUGGAGAGGUGAAAAAUGAUGUGUAUGCUCUUACCAACUUGCCAGCUAGACAUCAGAUAUGGACAGGAUGGCCUGAAAGUGCGAAAAAUGAUGAUACUAUGACAAUUGGUUGUUGUGGUUUGAAUUAUCCUAUCCAUAGUUUAGAGCUUACAAAAGCAAACAUCACAGCAAGACCUAAAAGAAUUCCACCCAGUGAGGCAGUAGCAGAAAUAGAAAUCAGUGAUGACGAUGAUGAAAUGAAUUCAAUAGACGAUGACAUGUUUGACCAUGAAGAUAUACCAAGCAACCGGGGUAGACCUACACCCUUAAUGCCAGAAUCUGUAAAUGAUGAAGUAGAAGCAUUGGAACAUUUUACCAAAGAAUUUAGAGAGAGAUAUGGAGAAACACACCCAGUAUUUUAUGUUGGUUCCUUAGAAAAUGCAAUAAAAGAGGCACUAAAUGGCAAGGCCAAAGAUAGAAAAUUAUUGGCAGUGUACCUUCAUCAUGAUGGGAGUAUUUUAUCAAAUGUGUUCUGUUCUCAAAUCCUGUGUUCUGAAAGUGUAGUAAAUUACCUCAGCAGUAAUUUUAUCACCUGGGCAUGGGACAUGACACAUGAAACAAAUUGUGCCAGACUGAUUACCAUGGCUACUAGGCAUUUUGGUAAUGUCGUAGCUGGACAGAUGAGAUGUCUGAAAUCAGAACAGCUACCUAUGUUGUUAGUUAUCUCAAGGGCAAGAGCUACCAAUGAGGUCAUAGAUAUGAUUCCAGGGUCUUUAUCAUUAGAUGAACUUAUGACAAGAUUGAUCCAUGAUUCAGAAAGCUUCCAACAACAGCAAAGGAUAGACAUUCAAGAAGAGGAGGAAAGAGAGGCUCGGGAAACUAUCAGAAGAGAACAGGAAGAAGCUUUCAAAGAAUCGCUAGCUGCAGACAGGAAAAAGGUGGAAGAGCAAAAACUCCAGCAAGAAAUGGAAAUCAAGAAACAGGAGGAAGAGGAGAGGCAACGAAGAGAAGAGGAGGAGAGGAAAAUGGCUAUUCAGCAGUCUGCAGCCCUACAAAUCCCUGAUGAACCGGAGGAGAAUUCUGAAGAACCUGUUGCCCGAUUAAGGUUUCGAACUCCAACUGGUGAGGUGAAAUUGAGGCGGUUCCGGGCCACUGAGCCACUGAGAAAUGUCCUGUUUUACCUCACCUCCGAGGGCUUUCACAUAGAGGAUUACAAAAUCCUUACUACUUUUCCAAGAAGAGAUAUUUCACAGUUAGAUGCAAUGGAGACCCUACAAGAUCUUAGACUUUAUCCCCAAGAGACCCUAAUCCUAGAGGAGAAGUGAACGACUGGAUGUGUGAAUGAUUUUUCACCAUGCUUGUUACUGUGAUAUCAUUUGUAUGUUUUUACUGCAUGUUAUCAUACAAAGCAAUGUCUCCCAUGUGACUUAUGACAUGUUACAUGAUUCUAUUUUAAAAGAAUGAUUAAAAUGUAACGAUUCUUGUAUUUUAUAUGUACUGGAUGAGGCAUACAUGUAUGUGUAUACCGUAUGUUGUUUGAAAGGAACAUAAAUUAUACAUAAUAAGCCUAAUUUAUUUGACAGCUGUCAUUAAACUCCUAGGCAGAAAAUUUUUAAUGUUUGGCCAAACUCUGAUUUCAAAACUUGGUAAAACAAAAAUAUUUUUAAAACAUAUUAUAUCCCAUUUAAUCACUUGUUUCAGAAAGCUUUAUGAUCUGUAAUGGAUUUAUAAAAUACUUACCCUGAAGGAUUCAAUUCUUACAAAAAAACUAUAUAUUCAGUUAAAUCAUUAACUUUUGUUUUGGUCAGUUGUUGGUUUUUUUUUAGUUCAGACAUUUACCACUGAGCAUGAAAGAUAUAUAGGAGGAUGCUGUUGUGUUUGUGAUAUAACUUUGUGCGUUAUGAAUGAAUGAGUUAUUAUUUAGAAGACAUUGUAUUAGCAGAUGUAUUGCCCUUUCUGAAUUUGAUAAUCAUCUGCCAAUUUUAAAAUAAACAAAUCAAAUUACA